AUGUCUCUGCAGUCCCUUCCUUUCGAGAUCUUGACACAGAUAAUUCAGCCGCUCAUCCCAUCCAAUUGGAAUGGUUUCAGCACAGACUCCAAGACCGGUGUUUUGAAGCUUCGCACGGUCUGCCGAAGCUUUAAUCAUGUUGUGUCGCGAUGUGCACUCCGAAAGCUAGGGGCAGUUGCUCUGCUAAGUCUUGAUCGUCGGCCAAACAAGAUUGAAACUAUCCGCUGGCUUCUGCUCACCAAGGCGAAAAUGGAGUAUUCAUCCCAGAGAAGCCCUGUUGAAUAUCUUUAUCGAUGUGCCUCCUUUGUGGCUUCUCAAACACACUGGGUUUUUUCCAUUGUCCGGGGCGACUGGGAGUGGUUGAGUACCGUUUGCGAUGCCAUUGUCGCCUCUCACGACAGGAAGUGGGUGCUAAAUCUCUUGGUUGGGGAUUCAUGUAUUUUUCCAGGGCCAGAAGCCUGGGAAUUCUAUCACGAACUCAGCUUCACAGGAGCGGCAGAGUCAAAAGUCGAUGGAGAAGCGAUCACGGCUGCUCACUCAACCGUGGCAUUACCUCUGGCUGCAUUCCGAGGCGAUGAGGAGGGAGUUAAUAUGCUUCUUCCUGGCGGAGGAAACCCCAAUAUGUGCCAUCCUGUACUUGGGAAGGCCUUGUAUAACGCAGCAUACAACAAUCAUGUUCAUAUUAUCAAGUUACUGGCAAAGCACGGUGGCAGCCUUGAAACAAGUGGGCGGUUCGGGACUCUUGUUGAAGUCGCUUGUUGGCAAGGCCAUAUCAAAACUCUUCAAUAUCUCCUAGGCACAAUGCCCGUGCGAGAGUCGAAAAAAUCCCUCGGUAAAGCCUUGCUACUUGGUUGUAGGAACGGUCACAAAAAGGUGGUUCACGUUCUGCUGCAAUGGGUCGAUAGCAUGAGAGAAGUGGACCAAACUUGGAGGGAGCUCGGCAGCCAUCUCGGAUUCAAAUUGGUUGGGACGCAGCCACAAAUCGACCUAAAUUGCUCAAUCAUAAAUGAGGGAACGCCCUUGGCAGCCGCCGUUGCAAAUGGAAAUGAACCGAUAGUUCGCAUGUUAACGGCUCGAGAUGACGUGCACCAGCAUUUUGGAAGAAGCAGGUUCUGCCCCCUCUGGCUUGCCGUUAAACAGGAUCAUGCAUCAAUUGUCGGCCUUCUUUUAGAUCGCUACCAAUUGCAGCCUAAUUUCAUCAUUAAACGAGACAUGACGUUGCUUUGUGCAGCAGCAGGCCUGGGAAGUGCGUCAGUUGUCCAGAUGCUUCUUCAACGAAGUGACAUUGAUCCGAACUUCCGAGCGCAAGAGAAGCAUACGACCCCAUUGUCACUAGCAGUGCUCAGAGGUCAUACGGAGGUCGUUAGAUUGCUGUUGGGGCGAGAGGAUAUUGACCCGAAUAUUUCAGCAAAGGACUGGAGGCCGCUAGAAAAGGCUGUGCACAAGGGACAUGAAGAGAUUAUAAGGCUCCUCCUCAUGCGGCAAGAUCUCAAUCCAAAUCUCCACGAAACUCCCUUCACACCAUUAGGGGCUGCGGCGAGGCUGGGAUUGAAGGAUAUCGUGCAGAUGCUCCUGGAGCGGCCUGACACGGAUCCAAAUCUUGGGCACCCUGACUCCGGUCACACUCCCCUAAGACUUGCUAUUAUCCGUCACUGGCCACAUGUUGUGAGGGAACUGCUCCAACGAAAAGAUGUCGACCCAAAUCAACCAGGAGUGCAUGCAUUCAUGGUAUCAGAACUGCCCCUACGACGGGAAAUAGAACGGCGGCCAUUUUUUCCUGUUAUAGAUGCUGUUUCGGUCGGGUCUACGGAUGGACUACAACAAAUACUGUCCCAGGAAAAUACAAAUGCCAAUGAGUAUCACGAAGGCCAGACUCCAUUAGUUAUGGCAGUCCAAAACAGACGAAUCGACAUGGUUCGGGUUCUUCUGGAGCACCCCAACAUUGACGUAAAUCAAACAGGCACAUGCGAACCUUACCAUGAUGAGGUUCACAUUAGAACGGCUGAAAGCACAAGCUGGUCGUACACGCCAACCCUAGUUUUGGGAAACCGCCCUGGCCCAACGCCUUUAUUCAUCGCCUGUAGGAAAGGCUACCUCGAAAUUGUCAGUCUGCUUAUCCAACACCCAAGAAUAAACUUGAAAAUGAGCGACGAUAGGUCUCGGACUGCGUUUUGGUGGGCGGCGUGGGGAGGGAACCCGGAAGUUUUCACGCUGCUUCUAAAACACUGUCGUGAACACAUCAACACCCCCGACUUUGAAGGCUGGACGGCGUUGCACGUCGCAGUAAAUUGGGGUCACGGUGCGAUUGUUGAUAUGUUGAUGGGUUGCGUGGAGCUUUACCCAAACGCCGUCAACCAGGAUGGUUGGACUGCUCUUCAUCUGGCCGUUGAUCGUGGUAGAGAGGCCAUAGCGUUGAAACUCCUCAAACAUCCCAAGAUUGAUAUAACAUGUAAAAAUGCUGACGGGCAGAUGGCAAUGGAUUUGGCACGUUGGAGGGGAUUUGAGAGGCUGGCUGAUCUCGUUCAAACCCGGGGUCGGCGUCUUGGGCGAGUGAGGACGACAGCCAAACUAUUCUUCUCCAAAUAUUCGAAAUAG